CUUCUCCACUCUCUCACUAAAAGAACCGUUUCGCUUUCUCUCUCGUAGAAAAGACCGUGAAGAUAUUCUUCUGUAGCAUGUCUACGAAGCUGAAAGAUCUAUUUGUGCGAGACGACACCAAGGAACCUGAGGCUGCUCCGGCAGAUACCGUUUCCUCUUCCUCCGAAAGUGUUACCGUCGAGCUAGCUUUGAAGGAGAAGAUGCAACUCUCGCCGUCGAAAGUUGUGGAGAAAGAAGAAGACUCUAAGGAGGUCUCCGUAAGUGCAGAUACUGACGCAGCAGCUGCUUUAGACGUUUCGACUUCUCAAGUAGACUUCCAAGUGCCAGAGAAGCAUUUUGAGAAAUCGAAUGACAUGCCGUCAGGUUAUAUAGUGCUUGAAGGUCCUAAGAUCAUUCAGAAACGCGCAAUUUCUGAAGAACCUCUGCAUUCUCCAGAUGUCGAAAGUUUCAAAACGGCGGAGCUUUAUCUAUCUUCGGCUGAUAAAGGAUCUCCAAAGAAAGUAACUGUGCAGUCAUCUGUUGAGAAAAACUCAGACUCUUCAUCAGAAUCGGAGAAGGAGUCUUCUCCUGAGGUGAAUGGAGGAGGUCGGCAGGAGCCAAGAGUGCAGCAUCAGCAGAGCAGUAACGAGAUUAAUAUUGUGUUUGAUAAAGUGCAAGCCGUGAAGAUCAUACCGUCGUUGAAGGCUUUUCCAAGCGUUGGCGUGAAUCUGGACUCUCUAGAUAACGUAUCUCCGGGCGUCAAAUCGAUCUCUGAGAGUGGAGCGAUGGUGGACGAAGCUUGGGAGAGGCUCAACAAGUCUUACGUGUUAUUCAAGGGCAAGCCUGUUGGGACUCUCGCCGCUAUGGAUCCUGGAGCUGAGGCUUUAAACUAUAAUCAGGUUUUUGUGAGAGACUUUGUUCCUAGCGGCUUAGCAUGCCUAAUGAAGAAUCCUUCUGAACCUGAGAUUGUGAAGAACUUUCUCCUAAAGACUCUCCAUCUCCAAGGUCGAGAAAAGAGGAUUGACAACUUUACUCUUGGGGAAGGUGUCAUGCCUGCAAGUUAUAAGGUUCUCUACGACUCACAUCGUGAAAAAGAUAUCCUGGUUGCAGACUUUGGCGGCAGUGCAAUAGGGAGAGUGGCACCUGUUGAUUCAGGGUUCUGGUGGAUUAUACUGCUUAGGUCCUAUACGAAGAGCACACAUGAUUAUGCACUGGCAGAACUUCCUGAGGUGCAGAAAGGAAUGAAGUUGAUACUCAACCUUUGCCUCUCAGACGGCUUUGACACUUUCCCAACACUUCUCUGUGCGGAUGGGUGCAGCAUGAUUGACAGGAGGAUGGGAAUAUAUGGAUAUCCAAUUGAAAUCCAGGCACUUUUCUAUUUUGCACUGAGGUGUGCACAGCAGCUGCUAAAACCAGAACGAGAUGGCAAGGAAUUACUAGAGCGUAUUGAUAAGCGGAUCACAGCUCUCAGCUUUCAUAUCCAGAAAUACUAUUGGCUAGAUUUCACACAAUUAAAUAACAUAUACCGGUAUAAAACUGAGGAAUACUCCCACACUGCUGUUAAUAAAUUUAAUGUCAUUCCAGAGUCUAUCCCAGACUGGGUGUUCGAUUUCAUGCCUUUGCGAGGAGGUUAUCUGAUUGGUAAUGUUAGUCCAGCUCGCAUGGACUUCCGGUGGUUCUUAGUUGGCAACUGUAUUGCCAUUUUGAGCUCUUUGGCGACACCUGCACAAGCGACUGCGAUCAUGGAACUGAUUGAGGAGAGGUGGGAGGACUUGAUCGGAGAGAUGCCUUUGAAGAUUACUUACCCCGCAUUGGAAGGACAUGAAUGGAGAACAGUCACUGGAUAUGAUCCUAAGAAUACGAGAUGGAGCUACCAUAAUGGUGGAUCUUGGCCAGUUCUUCUUUGGUUACUUGCAGCAGCAAGUAUCAAGGUUGGAAGACCACAAAUUGCAAAACGAGCAGUUGAACUGGUCGAGCAGCGUUUAUCCAAAGAUGGGUGGCCUGAGUACUAUGAUGGUAAGACUGGCAGAUAUGUCGGGAAGCAGGCAAGAAAAUAUCAGACCUGGAGCAUUGCUGGCUAUUUGGUUGCUAAAAUGAUGAUAGAGAAUCCCUCCAAUCUUCUGAUAAUCUCUCUUGAGGAAGACAAGAAGAUAGCGAAGCCAACACUUACUCGCUCCGCCUCAUUCUAGGAGGUACCUCGGGAAACAUUUUGGAGAAAGGGAUGUUAACACAAUAAUUGCAGUAGCAAGGAACUAUUGCCUGAUAUAUCGACGGUAAUUGGUAUUUCACUAUUCUAGAAGUGGCUAUACCCUGCAUUUUGUAAAUUGAUGGUGAAAAUUAGCUUUCUCUUGGUGAUUGAUUGGUAUAGACAUUGAGGUAUGAUCUCAAACUCAUAACCUUUUCCUUUUUCCCAGUAUGUCUGUGGCCGGUAAAAGUAAAGAGAAGAAAUACUUCUCAAGUUACUAGUUGAUAGAAUACUGAUUUCUGAUCAGGAAUGAGUUUUUUGGAUAUUUUGGUUGGAAUGAAUGAAUUAUUCUACAAAUAUUCUGGUUU